AUGUCUGUUCCAAACCAACACAAUUCAAUGAUUACUAACCCUCCUCCACCAGAAUACAUAAAUAAGAAAAAUAGUGGUUGUCAAACCAACCAACUUCAAUACAUACAGAGGGUGGUCAUGAAAGCCAUAUGGAGACACAAAUUCUCCUGGCCAUUUCACCAGCCUGUAGAUGCCGCAGCACUGAAUCUUCCGGAUUAUUACAGUAUUAUUAAAAAACCGAUGGACUUGAGCACCAUUAAAAAGCGUCUGGAACAUAAUUACUACACAAAAGCUGCAGAAUGCAUUGAAGACUUUAAAACUAUGUUCUCAAAUUGCUAUAUAUAUAACAAGCCAGGUCAUGACAUCGUGUUGAUGGCUCAAGAACUAGAAAAAAUGUUUAUGCAGAAAAUAGCCCAAAUGCCAACAGAAGAAAGACUAGUGAUUCUCAACCAGGCAAAGAGAAAAGGGAAGAAGUUGGAAGAACCACAGCAGCCCAGCUCUGGAACUUCAAAUGAACGAAGCACAAUGCAGGAACAAGAUAAAAGUAGUGAGCAGUCUUCAGCAACGACUCAAGAGCUACAGCAAGUUACACUAGCCCCUUUGUCUGCAGCUCAGGUGACUGCAUUAAUGCCAGCUGCAGUCCCUAUAACAAAAGCAAAAAAAGGUGUGAGAAGGAAGGCUGACACUACAACUCCUAGUACUUCAACAUUCCCAGCAAGCAGUGAAUCUUCUGAAACAUUUAAUGAAAGAAAACCUAAAUCAUGCAGAGGUGAAGACGAAUGUAUGAUACCAGAUAAGCUUCUGAAGACACACUUGCCAGAUUCUCAACAGUCGCCUGAAAUUCUUAAAAAGUUUCAGUUGUUAAAACAACUCAAAGGUUGUAAUGAAAUACUUAAAGAAAUGUUGUCAAAGAAACAUGCAGCAUAUGUGUGGCCUUUCUUGAAAUCUGUAGAUGUGUCUUUUUCACCUGGUGUGAACCAAAGCAUCACCAAAUAUCCUAUGGACUUGGGAGCUAUCAAAAAGAAAAUGGAUAAUUUUGAAUAUAGUGAUGUACAAGAAUUUGCUACAGAUGUUAGACUAAUGUUCAUGAAUUGCUACAAACAUCAUUAUCCAGAUCAUGAUAUAGUUGCUAAGGCAAGAAAACUUCAGGACUUUUUUGAGAUGCGCUUUGCCAAAAUUCUUCGUGACCCUGUUGCAAGUGUUCCUCUGCUACAACCUACCAGAGAAAUUACAGAAGCUUAUUCCAGUGAGAUCAGUAAUGAUGACUCUUCAGAAGAAAAAUCAUCAGAAGAGUCUGAACAGGAGAGAAUAGUGCACCUUACAAAGCUUCAGGAGCAACUUAAAGCUGUUCACCAGCAGUUGCGGGUUCUGACCAGAACAUUCUUACCUAGACUGAAAAAGCAAAAAGGGAAGGCUAAAAAAGAGACAAAUAAGGGCAAGGAAAAAGCCCAAAUAAAAAGCAUGGUUCAGAAGAAGAAAAAUUUAAAACAGAAGAAGAAAUGUAAGAAAGAGCUGUCUUUAAACAUUCAGUCAAAGAAAACCAUGCAGCAAGCCUUGUUGCUACAUAUGUCAGAAGAUGAAGAUGGUGCCAAGCCUAUGAAUUAUGACGAAAAACGACGGUUGAGUUUGGACAUAAAUAAACUCCCUGGAGAUAAGCUUGGAAAAGUAGUCCAUAUAAUACAGUCGGGAGAACCAUCACUGAGGAACUCUGACCCUGAUGAGAUGGAAAUAGACUUUGAAACUUUGAAGUCUUCAACACUUAGAGAACUACAGAAGUAUGUGACAACCUGUUUGAGGAAAAGGCCAAGAAAGCAACAGGCUAAAAAAAUGAUGAAGACAAAAGAACAGCUUAACUCUGAGAAGAAACAAGAGCUAGAGAAGAGACUACUGGAUGUCAAUGAUCAACUAAACCCAAAAAAGGAGAAUUUCAAGUUUGAAAACAACACUGAGUCCAGUACUGGACCAAGCAGACUGAGCGACAGCAGCAGUGGUUCCUUGGGCUCUGUCAGCAGUACUAGCAGUGGUUCUAACUCCUCAGACAGCAGCGACAAUGAAUUGGAUCAGAAAGAAACCUGCUCAACACAGACUGGAGCCAAGCAGAAUUAUUCAACUUCUGUGAAAAAGCCUAAGAGAACACCACUGUCUUUGCAGAGGACAUCCUGCAAUGCUGUUCUGCAAGUACAGCCCUUAUCCGCUAGUAGCUUGCAAAAUCAUGGAUCAUCUGAAUUGCAGCAGCCACCUGUCAGUGCACUACAGAGGCUUCAGCCUUUGCAGAAUAAAUCAGUUAAACCAUCAGAACUAAAUGCCCAGUCUCUAUCAGGUAUAAUCUCAGCUGAAUCUCCUCUGCAUGAUGCUCCAGCCCAGCCAAACCCUCAGAGUAUUCCAUGGAGAGAUCAGACUUCUGUCACUUGGGGCACACAUACUCCUCCAGAGGUAUCCAAAAAAGCUUCCCAGGUUGAUGGUGCUGAUUGGAGGAAACAAUCUGAGAAAACAAUACAGCUUGACAAAUCAAAUGAACCUCAAAGCAAGGCCAAUGAGGGAACUGCUGAUUCAAUACCCAUAAGUCAAGAACAAAGUCAUUGUACACCUAAUGAUAAACCAGUAAAGGUAAGUGAUGCUAAAAAACUAGUGCCUCUUGCUGCAAUUCUAAUAUUCAAGGACACAAGAUUUAAGAAUACAGAUUCCUGGGUAAGCUUGUGUAAAACAAUGAUGCUUCCGGCUCCAAUAAAAGCAUCUGCUGAGACCUUCAAACAGUUCAGGGAAGCAGCAUUAAAGAAGAGGAGCAACCAAGUGCAGGAGUUAAAAAAGCCUCUGGUGCAAGCUGAGAAGGAACUGCAAAGCCCUUCUCAAAAAAAGGAGAGGGGCCAUGAAGGUACAGGACUGGAUGCCACGGUGAUGACAGACUGUGAGCCCCAAAAAGAAGAGCCUAGGAGCAAACAACUGUCUGAAUCUCAACAACAUUGUCUUGUUCAAGCCCGUAACAUAGCUAGAAAAAUGGAACAAGAACGAAGGAGAAGAGAAGCAAUGGCUUGUAUAAUUGAUAUGAAUCUGCAGAGAGAUAUUAUGACAUCAUUCGAAGAAUAUAUUGAGUGA